AUGAGCAAAUAUGAAAAAGCUUCUUCUUCCUAUACUACUCAUGGAAAUAACUAUGACAUGUUUGAUGCGACUUGCAAUGGCAGAGUUGCUAUUCUCACUAGCCCUACGAGUAGAGGGCCAAGAACAAUGCCCAUCCCGAUGCAGCCCACAUAUCACUUUGCCAUGCUCAUUUCCUACGCUCGAUCCUUGCAUGGUGCGGACAUGCAAACAAUUAUGCCAAGACGACGAAGCCAGAGCAAUGAUAGGAUGUUUCUGCAGAGGAUCCAUCGACGGACGAGGGAUGCGCAUGUGCUUCUGUGGGCCGUCACGACAUAA